ACCACUUUCUGUCGUCGCUACUAAACCUUUGUCAAUUCUGUCAUCGGGAUCUACCUUCUUCCCGAAGUCGCAGCGGUUGGUCUGCCCAAGAAGUAAACAACAUUACCUGCUCGAAACAUUUAACAACUUUUAACUUAGCGCCUGCUAUUGUUAUGCCUCCUAAGGCGGGCGUUUUGGGUUCCUCUCAUGCAGAGGAUGACUCCAGCGCCCAACCCUAUAUCCCUGAGAAUUGCAAUAAAUUUCAAAGCAAACGAGAAGGGCAUCGUCCUCUUCUGACAGCAGCUCAAGCCGUUUACCUCGCUCGGGAGGUCUUCGGCAUCGGAUGGAGCGGCGACGAUGCGACCCAUGAGGACUCAACCGGACCUAGCAGCGGCAGCGGCAGUAAUAGUACCAUCUGCAAUAUAUCACCAGAUGUAUGCGUGGAGCUCCCCAGCUAUGACGACCGCAGUUUCCGUAUCCGCACCAGCACCAGCAGCACCCGAAGUGAGAGCUAUGUGGUGCUGAAGGUUCACAACUCACGAGAUGGCGCCCGCACCUCUGCCCUGCAGGCCAUGGAUGCCGCCAUGUUGAGAGUGCAGCAGGCCGGAGUGCUCACCAACACCCCCCUGCCGCCACUUCCACCACUUGGGAGGAGUGCCGGGGGAGGCGGGGGAGAUGGCAGCUGCGGCGGUGUUUGCCAGGCAGCAGGCGCCGCUGUACCGUAC